AAUUAAAUAUCUUUCCUGCGUAUUGUCUUUUAAAAACGCUGAGAUUUUAGCCAUCUCAGCCAAAUUAAUAACUUUCAAUAUCCAUUCUUCUAUUGUAGGUAUCUCUUCUUUCUUCCAGUAUUGUCCAAUCAACAGUCUUGCUGCUGUUAUUAAAUUCAGAAUCUGAAUUUUGAUGAACACCUGGCAGCCGUCUCCAGGAGGGCCUUUUACCAAGUUCGCUUGGUUCGCCAGUUGCGUCCCUUUCUUGACCGGGAUGCCUUAUGCACGGUCACUCACGCUCUGGUUACGUCUAGGCUGGAUUAUUGCAAUGCUCUCUACAUGGGGCUGCCCUUGAGGUGCACCCGGAGGCUGCAGUUAGUCCAGAAUGCGGCUGCGCGAGUAGUAACGGGAGCCGCUCGUGGCUCCCAUGUGACAUCGCUGCUCCGUAGCCUGCACUGGCUUCCUGUGGUCUUUCGGGUGCGCUUCAAGAUUUUGGUUACCAUCUUUAAAGCGCUCCAUGGCUUAGGACCCGGGUACUUACGAGACCGCCUGCUGUUACCUUUUGCCUCCCACCGACCCGUAUGCUCUCACAGAGAGGAUCUCCUCAGGGUGCCGUCCGCCAGUGUCAGCUGGUGGCCCCCAGGAGUAGAGCCUUCUCUGUGGGGGCAGUGAUGCUCUGGAAUGAACUUCCCCCUGGCCUGCGUCAAGUGCCUGAUCUUCGGACCUUCCGUCGUGAGCUCAAAACAUAUUUAUUCAUUAAAGUGGGACUGGCAUAAUUAGCAAUGAAUUUUAAUUGGGUUUUCUUAAUAUUUUAAAAUUUUAAAUCUAAAUUUUUAAUUAUCAGCCUUUAUAAUUUGCUUUUUUAAAAUGUUGUUUUAACUGUAUAUAUUUCGUUUUAUUUUGGCUGUACACCGCCCUGAGUCCUUCGGGAGAAGGGCGGUAUAAAAAUUUAAUAAAUAAAUAAAUAAACAGAUUCUCUCAUUCGAAGAGGGAACCCAAAGGCCAGCUUUUGGUCCCUUUCAUCAAAGAAAAUGCAAGAGAAAAGUUGAUUACACAGGACGGGCAAAAAUUAACCCCCUCCUUUGCACCAUAAAUCAGUUACAUGUAGUUAAACAUAACAUGUGACAACACAUAUGCCCAUUUAAAUGAGGUCUGACGAAAGCGGGGUGUAAAAUUUGUUAGGGUUAGUCAAAUUAAAAUACAAAAAUAACUGUUAGUUAGCAAGAACAACAAUAGUACAAAGUUAAUGUUGGUACUACAAAACCCAUCCUGUGUAGCCCUCAGCCCAAAACAUGAAGCACUGCAUCCAAAUCACUGGUCACUCACUGGUGAGAAAGAGCCCUUGCCUCAGAUUGGUGUACUGCUGCCCUGGAAAAACCAUCAUGUGGAAGGAGAUGGGCAGGGAAGAGAUAAAGAAGCCCUUUCAUUUGCCAUGCAAGCUCUCUCAGCUGUGUUUGCUACAAGCCCCUCCCCUAAAACUCCAUAGAGGGAGGUGGCUGGAGUCAGUCUUUAAACAUCUUAAGCCUUGCUUCAACAAGAUAAGGCUGCAUAUAAAUUUAAUAAAUCAAUAAAUAAGGCUCUCCAACUUCAUUCCAAACUUUGCAAAUGACACCAGACUCUCUUCCAAGAUUUAACUGAUGCUCCAUGGCAUUUAACCUGUUUCCAAGUACAUGUUAAGCCAGUGGUUCCCAACCUUUUCUUGUUUGAGGCACAACCUUUUCUUGUUUGAGGCACCCUUGGAAAGCCUUUCAAAAGUUCCCGGCACCCUUAUAAGGAAAUAGAUAUUUAAAAUCUCCGUAGCUCAAAAGUUCCCGGCACCCUCAAAAGAUCUCACAGCACCCCUUAGUGCCGCGGCACACUGGUUGGGAACCACUGUGUUAAGCCAUGGUUUUCUCCAGUGUAGGUUACAGAAUGAAUCCCUAUUAACUGGGUUUAAGAGAUAAAUUGUCAUAAAUUAUGAGCUGUAAGCUAAGAAGGCUGAGUUAAUAAUCCAUGCAUAAAACAAACACUUUGAUUAUGGUUAAAUUGGUAAUAAAAAAUCUCCAACUACUUGAGAUGCUUGUUUUCUGCACAUGAGAGCUAACAGGUCCCAAAAUAGUUGGCUAUUUUCACAUACCCUGCUCUGUUUCUGUCACCUUUCUCUCAGUUUCUCUCAUAGGAAAGGGUCAGGGGUUGUUUUUCUGCGCCUGCCAGCUGGAGCUCAGGGGACCAGAGGGGUGUGUAUGUCAGUAUGUGUGAGACUUCCUUGAAUUGUAUAAGUGCCUUCAUAUCCUGCUGUUUUCUUUAGUCAGCAUUAAGAUGAGUGGACUUCCCUCUCUUUUUCAAAUUUUAUUAAAUUUUGUUAUACAAUAAAAAGAAAAAAGAAACAAAAGUUAGAGAAGUCAAAGAAGGGAAAAAAGAGAUGAAAAGGGAAAGACAAAAAGUAGUGACUUUUCCCAACUUUUUUCAGUGCAGUAACAUAAAAAAAAAUUACAUCUUCAAUUUUUCUUUUACAUUCCUAAAUAUUUCAAACCAUUUCUAUAACAACAAAGUCAUUCUACUUAUCAAAACCUUUCCUGUUUAGAUAACAUUUCUAGUCCUCAUUGUCCUUCUCUUCCAGGGCCUGUGAGGUUUUCCUCAAGUAUGGAAUUCAGUGCAGGGCUUUCCAAAGUCAUUGCUUGAUGGUAACUUUUGCGUGGCCUCCUCCAUCUUGCUUGCUCUUCUCUUGCAGGUUGGGUGGCUGAGAGGGAGACCCCACGAUGGAGGAGAGGAAGAAGAAGAGCCCCAAGGCUCACCUCAGCCAACCGGUGCCUGCAAGUGCGCUGCGCAAGCUGCCUGGCCCAGCCAGCAAGAGUGCCUCUUUCUCGCUGGGGACGCCGCACCUCCCGUCUCCAAGGCCAAGAGCCAAGUUUAAGAGAGCAAGCAAGGAGACGUCACGAAUUCCUCAGCUUGGGGGCAAUGCGGGGUCUGUGGUGGGCACCCCCCUGCAGCAUUCGUUCCUGACCGACGUCUCUGACGUGUAUGAGAUGGAAGGGGGUCUCCUUAACCUGCUGAAUGAUUUCCAUUCAGGAAAGUUGCAAGCUUUUGGCAGAGAAUGUUCUUUUGAGCAGCUGGAACACGUGCGGGAGAUGCAGGAGAAACUCGCCCGCCUCCACUUCAGCCUGGAUGUCUAUGUGGAGGAACUUGUGGAAGAUCAGAAGAAAACCGUGGCUGACAGGAAUCUGGACCAGCUGCUGACCAAUACAAAAGCUUCACCUGGCUGAAAAUCCUGAUGUGGAAGAAGCACCCAACGCCUAGAAGAGGCAUCGGGAAGGGCCAGGCCGGCCCCGUUCUGAUGAGGCCUCAAGAAAGAUGUCCCACAAGGAUGUCCGGCAGGCAACUACUUCUGAAUUGUGCUGUAAAAAACUUAGGGGCUGCUGGAUGGAAAGAGGCAGCGACACGUAAGCAGCAGGACUGAACAUCGGCAGGAGGCAGGAAGCUCAAGGGAAAAGAGCCUGUUCUGCAGCAUGGCUACCAAAAAAAAGAAGCAAGGAAGGCAAAGGAGAGGCCGGGACCGGCCAGGAUGCUGAUCCUCCACAUUGGAGCCCCGAGUUGAGCUGAGAGACCCCCCCUUUUGCUCAGGUGUAGCAAGAGAAGGAGGCUUUUGGUUUCCUUCCUCUUGCAGUGUUGCUCCAGGUUCCAUAACUGACAAACUUCUCCGGAAAUUUGUGAUGAGCAGCAGACGCAACACCAAUGGCGGCCCUGCAUUCUCGCUCCUCCUGCUGUGUGAGCUGGGCACCUCUCAUUUUAAAUAGUUUUGUUUUCGUAACGCUGCAUGAGUUUGAUCUCCUGCAUCCUGUGCCUGCUCUGCACAUGGCCUUAGUCUGAGAGCUAUAUAUUAUUCUUUCCAAGAACACCAUUACUAUAUUAGGGGUGGGACAAUUGUUUUGGGGAGAGUUUGGAAAAAGCCCCCAUUAUUCAUGAUGAUACUUUUACAUUCCUCCUUUUUCACUUGGAUCUAUAGCUCUGGGGAACAGAUGGAUUCCAACAGCAUCAAACGUCAAACCGACUGGGGGACAUUUGUGCUGAGAUGAUUCUUGAGAACAUGAUCUAUCCCUGCACCCCCCCACCCUGCCCUCCAAUCUCCCCGGCUGGGGAUGUGCAGAAGGAGGAGCAGGCUGAGCUGCUUGGUUUGCUUGUCACAGGCUGUCAAGUCAGAAAAGCCCCUUCAGCCACCGCAGAACCAGAGGUUGACUCACAAACAGACGGAGAGACCUUCUGCUUGGCAGUGGGGAAGCGGGGAACUCCAUCCCCAAAACUAUCUGGAUCUACUACUAGCCUAUUUCCAGAAGGCUUUGUCUGUUGCUGGAAUUGGGGGUGGUUAAUUCCUUGGUAAGCGACUUCUAGAGCAGGGGUCUCCAACCUCGAUCCCUUUAAGACUUGUGGACUUCAACUCCCAGAGUUCCUCAGCCAGCUUUGCUCUAUUA